UAGAGGGAGUGCAGGAGCUCGCCAUCUCCAAGCCAUCUACAGCGGGAAAAACAUGGAGUCCGCUCCGGCAGCCCCCGAUCCAGUCACCACCGAGCCGGGCAGCAGCGUCUCCGAGCCGGCCGCCGGGGCCAGGGACACCCCGGUCAACCUGGAGCCUGCCCGGAAAAGCGAAGCACCGGCUCCAGUCCGUAGGCAGAGCUACUCCAGCAGCAGCGGCAGCAGAGCUGAAGAAGCAACCCAGAUGUUGUUAGCUAACAAUGUAGACAGCACCAUCAUCCCGCUAUCCCAGUGCCAGGGUGAGGUUAGCCCCUGGAUGGAAAAUCUAAUCCUAGCAAGACAGAGUUCAUGUUGGUGGGACAGGAGAAGCACUUUAAAGAACUACCCAAAGCUAUAACCCCUCUCUCCCUGUCUUUCUCAUGGCCCGGAUGGUGGUAUAUAGCCUGAGUUUUACAGGAUCCCACUCUGCUCCUGCCUACCUCUGUAGUGA